AUGCGUGGAAGCAGAAGCUUCCACUUCGUUACGGAUACCGGAGGAAUUAAGGAAAUGACGGAGGUAGCGAAAUUGUUGUACAUAGUGGUGGAGGAGGACGAAGAAACGAAAGGGAAUGAAGAAUCGUCAUUUAGAUACACGCGUCCUGUUCUCCAGAGCACUUUGCAGUUGAUGGGCUGUAAAGCACGUCACGCCUUCAAGAUAAGCCAAAGGGUAUUUGAAAUCAUGAGAAAUAAAUGCUUAGAGGAAAGUUUGGCAGACAUAGGUGUAAUUCAAUGGGGAAAAGAUUUCUUGAAAGUUCAUCCUCUGUCUGAUAAGAUGAAUGGAAGCAAUCAUGUGGUUUCAGAGAAAGAUGGCACAACUAAGAGCAAGCCUUUUGAAUCAUACAAAAAGCGCACUACAAUUGUCAUCAAAAGAAAGAGGUUCAUAGAUGUUGUAUGUGAUGCUCUUUCUGAAUACAAGUAUAUUGGUCCCAAUCAAAGGGCUGACUUUAUUUUAGCCUGCAGAAUUCGGGAAAGAAAGGAAUCUGUGACUGUUCUACUCUGUGGUACAAGUGGAUGUGGCAAAUCUACAUUGUCAGCUUUACUGGCUAGCAGAUUAGGGAUCACAACUGUUAUAUCUACAGAUUCAAUACGCCAUAUGAUGAGAAGCUUUGUUGAUGAAAAACAAAAUCCACUCCUAUGGUCUUCUACUUACCAUGCAGGGGAACAUCUAGAUCCAGUAGCUGUUUCAGAAGCCAAAGCCAAAAAAAAAGCCACAAAAGAAUUUGAUUCUACUUCCAAAACUGAACCUGUUCCUAAAGAAGGUUCUAGUUUGACCACAGUUGACUUAAUUAGCCCUAAACAAAUGGCCAUUGAAGGUUUCAAAGCACAAAGUGAAAUGGUCAUUGAUAGUCUUGACAGACUUAUAACUGCAUGGGAAGAUCGAAAAGAAUCAGUCAUCGUGGAGGGUGUCCACCUCAGCCUUAAUUUUGUGAUGGGUUUAAUGAAAAAACAUCCAUCAAUCAUCCCAUUCAUGAUCUACAUCACAAACGAGGACAAACACAUGGAAAGAUUUGCAGUUCGUGCAAAAUACAUGACAUUAGACCCUGCAAAAAACAAAUACAUAAAAUACAUAAAAAACAUAAGAACAAUUCAAGAAUACCUCUGCAAUCGAGCAGACAAACACCUAGUCCCAAAAAUAAACAACACAAAUGUCGACAAAAGUGUCGCAGCAAUCCACGCGACAGUUUUCAGCUGUUUAAGAAGACGUGAUUCCGGAGAACCACUUUACGAUUCCGCCACCAACACCGUAUUUGUGAUUGAUGAGGAGUAUCGGAAUCAGUGUGUGGCUAAUUCCAUCGGGUCGAAAGGAAUGUUUCAGUUGAUUCAAAGACAAGGUUCUUCGAGGCAUUUGAUGGCUCUUUUGAAUAACGAUGGGUCGGUUGCAAAGGCGUGGAAUGCCGAGGACGGAAUGGGGAUUCCGAUGUAUGGAGCGGUGCGGAUUGGGAAGUCGGAAUCGGUGAAUCUGCAGUUUGGUAACUUCGGAAUCAGUGCUUGGCCGAAUGAACUUGGGUGCACUAGUCAUGCUAGCAGUGUUGAUGAAGUUAUGGAGAAUGGUAGUAGACAUUAUUCUUCAUGUUGUAGCUCACCAAAGUUCUCAGAAGGACAUGCUAAAGAGUUGAAAGAAGAUUUAUCAGUUAAUGGAAGCGAUGAAGAGGUGGACGAUACCCACGCAUUAGAUACCGAUGAGGAUCUUAGUGAUGAUGCCAAAGAAAAUAUGCACGAAGAGAUGGAAGGGUCAGUUGAUGAGGAGUCGACUAAAUCAGAUGAAGAAUACGAUGAUCUUGCAAUGCAAGAUAUUCAAGAAAAUGGAUAUUUAAAUGCAGAAUUCGAAUCUAAAAUUAACGUUUCUGGAGUCAAACAGAAUGUUGACUGUGUUUUGAGAACAAAAAGCGAGCCAUUGAUGGAUAAAAGAUUGGCAUCUAGAGUCAGAGGACGAUCUUAUAGCAUUUCAGGUGGCUCCCAGGUCCCCAAAGUCGACGUCUUCAAUCAAUCGCGUCUAUCGUCGUCGUCUUCGAUUUCGGCCAUAGCCGAUGCGGACGGCUCCGAUUCCGGCUAUAAACGGAUGCCGGCUGGUCCGCCUCCAUCACAGAAGAUUCCGGCGAGUACUCCACCGCAGAAGACACGACGGCGACCUGAUUCUACUUCGAUUCUGGCCAUAGACGACCUCGACUGUAACUUGAUUUCUUUCAAUGAGCAUGGAUCUCCAUGGUUAGAGCCACGUGGUUUUCAUAGGCAUUGUUUACGACAUUUUAUCAACAACGUUAAUGACAAGUUUCGUAAUUCAGAAUUGAAAGCUUUAGCUUAUCGUGCCGGGAGUCAAAAUCAAGUUCCAAAAUUCAACUCCAUCAUGGAAGAAAUUGGGAAGCUAAAUCCACAAGCUCGACAGUGGCUAGAGAGGCAUCCACCUGAUAGAUGGACACUUGCACAUGAUGGUGGGAGGAAAUAUGGGCUUCUCACAACAAAUUUGUCAGAGAUUUUUAACAGUGUACUUAAAGUGAGGCGUCCUUUAGGAUCUAGUUCCCGAGCUAAUGGAGAUGCAUAUACUCCUCAAGUUGUUGUAAAACAAGUGGCUUUGAUGUCAAAAGCAAGUGCACACUCAUUGAGAUCUUUUAAUGGAGAGAAAGAGUAUUGUUCUACUUGGGCAUCCGAGUUUUCCGCACUUCCUCAUGAAGCGUAUUGGCCACAAUCUUCAUUUAGACAAUUGCUUCCAAAUUUAGAGCUUUUACGGAAUAAAAAAGGCAAAGUGGUCAUAAUCGGAAAAAAUGUCCCUCUAAGCCAAGGUGAAUGCAGAGACAUUAAAGCUAAUCGAUUCAAUCAAUAG